GAUCUAGGACAUCAACGCCUUUUGCACUAAGGAUUUAUGGUCCACGACGCCAAGCCCCACCAAGAGACAACGAUCGUUUGAUAUUUUGAGGCCAACUACGCGGCUCCAGCAAAGGCAAAUAGUUCCUAUGAAAACCGGGGAUAUGACAUUUACAUUCGAUUAUUCUGUGUCUCGCUAUGCUGGGUCAUCUUGCCCUUAGUAUCGUUAUCUUUUGCCUGGCUGAUUUGAUAUCUCCCGUCCUGGCUGACGUGGAAGCCUAUUACCAAUCCGAUAACUACGAGAACGGAGAAUUUGGAGAAUGGCCGCAACAGACGUACCACUCGUCGCAUAUUAUCGGCCCCGUGGUAGAUUUUCUGCAGCGCAGCAAUCGAUGCGAUGAUGGCCAGUAUACUAUGCUCUCCCUCCGGGGUGGUCAGGUUCCAUCUCCGGGACCCAUGAUUCUCGAUGCCAAAGGAAAUCUCGUCUGGAGGGCCGAAGACUAUGUUCAACCUUAUGGGUUGAGUAAAUACACGUACAAGGGAGAGGAUUACCUAACGUUUUGGGCCGGCAAUGAUGCAAUAGGACAUGGCGAGGGGAUGUAUUAUAUGCUGGACUCCUCGUAUGAGGAAGCGUUCACGAUCGGUGCAGCGAAUGGACUACGCGGCGAUCUCCAUGAAUUUCACAUUACACAUGAUGAAACGGCCCUUGUGACCAUCUACGAAGUCGUCCAGGCAAAUCUCACAUCGAUGUACGGACCUGUAAAAGGAUGGAUUUGGGAUGGCGUAUUCCAGGAACUUAAUAUCGAGACAGGCGAAGCGCUCUUCCAGUGGCGCGCCUCCGAGCAUUUCGAUUUCACCGAAGGAUAUGUCGCCCGGGUAGGCUCUGGAAGCAAGGAUCGACCCUGGGACUUCUUCCAUAUCAACAGUGUCGACAAAGACUCCAAGGGAAACUACUUGAUAUCGUCGCGAUAUAUGAGCUGUAUAGCGUACAUCGAUGGGAAGACGGGAGAUGUCAUCUGGAAGCUAGGAGGGAAGAAAAACAUGUUCAAGGACCUUUCUGGAGGUGCUGCAACGAACAUUCGCUGGCAGCACCAUGCGCGCUUUGCUGAUAACGGAACGGCUAUCACAUUAUUUGACAACGCCUCCCGUGGUCCGGCGGACCCUGAACAUAUCAGUCGCGGACUCUAUUUGGACGUCGACCAGGAAAAGAUGACAGUCAACGUCCGACACGAGUACUGGAAUCCGCACAAUCUCAGCAGUCAGUCUCAGGGCUCCUUACAACUGCUCGAUUCGGGCAAUAUUCUCAUCGGCUACGGGUCGAAUCCUGCUUGGACUGAAUUCUCCGUGGACGGGGAGGUGCUGUGCGACGUUCACUUUGGUCCUCAGCUCGGUUUCGGCACUUCGGAAGUCACGUCAUAUCGAGUCCUCAAGCAUUCAUGGGUUGGAUUUCCAAAGACCGAUCCGGACAUUACUCUCCAGGGCAAUACUACCUACGUGAGCUGGAACGGGGCAACAGAAGUUGUGACUUGGGUUCUCGAAGGUGCAGAUUCGAAGGCUGCUGACGAAGACGAGUACCUGACUAUCGACUCCCGGCCCAAGGAAGGAUUCGAGACUGAAAUACCCAUUCCGCCUGACAAUGUGCAUCGGUUCAUCCGCAUUUCCGCUCUGGAUGCCAAGGGAAUUGCCUUAGGUUCGACUUUAUCAGUGGAAUGGGACCCAUCGCAGAAUAUCACCACUAACGGUUUGGACAUACAAGUCACCAACACCAAAUGGCUUGUGUUCUUUUCAACGGCGUUUUCUACUACGAUCUUCUUGGUCAUUGCAUGGUGGGCAUCAAUGCGGUUGUUAGAUCGCUUCCAACGUGCAAAGAAGCAGAAAAAGAAGGUUUCGCGCGGGGGCAUUGAAGACUUCAUCGCUAACGAGGAGUUUAUCGACGAGGUGGAAUUUUCACUCCUGCAAAAUGCGGAUUUUCACUACAAUAUAGACACUCUCAACGAGCCACAGUGAUCUCACACAUCUUUAUUUGUUUCUCCUGUUGAUAAUUGUCGCUUUUGUUGGCGCAGAUAAGGUAUCGAAAUUGUUAACAUAUAGCAUGAGCGAAUUUGCAUUGCAUGGCGUUUCUUUUUUGGCAUUGGAGACUGCCAUAGUUCCGCUUGUGUUAAUAACAUUAAUCGAUAGAACAGUAUAGACAUCAAACUAGUG